AUGGGGGUGUCUGAUGGAGUAGGAGGUUGGGCAAAGUAUAAAGAGGCCGACCCAGCAUUAUACUCGCGCAAGCUUAUGCAUUACGCUAGCGCUGAGCUGGCCAAGCUCGACGAUUUUUUGGAGUCGGAGUACAGCGCUGAUGAUUACUACGCUGUUGACCCGAAGGAAGUCUUACAGAAGAGCUAUGAUCAAACGAAUAAAGAUGUUGUUGCGGCAAAGCUGCUGGGGUCAGCUACUGCUUUGAUUGCGGUUCUUCGGGAUGAUGAACUCCGUAUAGCAAACCUCGGCGAUUGCGGUGUCUUGAUAAUCCGCAACUUAGAGCCCCUCUUCCGCUCCGAAGAGCAACAACACUCGUUCAACUUUCCCUUCCAGCUCGGCACAGGCUCCCGCGAUUCACCCCGGGACGCCCAGUCGUUCAGCGUCAAAAUCCAAGAAGGCGAUAUCGUCAUCAUGGGUUCCGAUGGGAUGUUUGACAACGUCUUUGACGAAGACGUUGUGGAUAUCAUCCGAAAGGUGCUGAAAAAGACCGGGUGCACCAAUCACCCCAGUGAUGUGGACCCCAAAAAGAUCUCGGACGCGCUGCUGGCGAGGGCGUGGGAGGUGGCGGAGGAUAGCCGGUAUGGAGCUAGCCCGUUUCAGACGAGGGCUAUUCAAGAGGGGUUGUAUUUUCAUGGAGGGAAGAUGGAUGAUGUUACGGUUUUGACGGGCGUUGUGAGACUCUCCGAGGAUUCACCCGACCGACGCUAG